CCCACGAAAUCCGAGAGCGGACGCCUGCACCCGCCGGCGUCGAUGCCCGCACAGAUACAGAGGGGGUGAACCACCACCGCUUCGGGAAGGACACGGAUGGAGCCGAGCGGCACGGAGCGCCUGCAGCUGCGGCGGCAGCCGAAAGCAAAAGGGGUGGGCUCCCUGUCCCCCUCCGGCCUCUGCUCGGUGGCCUGGGACCGCUACCGGGAGGGAGUCCGGGCCCACAGGGACACGAUCGACCUCCUGGACGAUGCCCUCUCGAGGCUCCUCUUUUGGCUCCCCCAUUCCAGCGGGGCAGCGGCGGGCGGUGAAGACAACGACAACGACAACGACAAUGAAAACGACAACGACAACCGCGACGGCAAGCCCGGCGAAUCGUCGCUGGCACCGGAUCUCCUCGAUCCCUGCACCGGGGAGGCCGCCUGGAGGGAGGUCGGCUACGGUCUCCUCUCCCUCCACCGGCUCUCGGUCCACCUGGCCCUCGGCGACGGCGACGACGAAGACGCCACCCACGGGGCCUCCGUCCGCACCAGGGACCCCCCGCCGGCCUCCGUGGCGGCCCUCCGGACGGCCCUCACCGCGGUCCACUCGGCCCUCCCGGCCCUCGUGGCCCUGGCCGCGCGCAAGGCGUCGGGGAGGGGAGGGAACCCCCGGGCCGCUUCCGCGGGGGCCCGGCUGGGGGCCGAGCGGGCCAAGUUUCUCCUGAGGGCCUGCCUGCUGGUGUCGUACUGGUGGCAGAAGGCCGGGGAGGACCGCUUGGCCGCGGAGGAAAGCGGUGCGGCCGCUUGCAGCGGGGUGCUGGUGGACGGCGGCAUGUACCGCUUCGACCGCGGAAGGGACGCCCAAGGCCUCUCCUGGAAGGCUUCCAGGGACCUGGCGAGGCGGAGGGCCUACGUGGGGGAGCGCACCGGGAGGGAACUGGCGGGGGCACCGGGAAUGGGCACGGGCACGGGCACGAGCCCCAUCGCUGCGAAGAUCCGGUUGGUGGCCGGAGAGCUCCUGUACGCGGCCCGCCCCCUGCUGUGGGCCUGGGUCGAGGCCCGGAGGCACCCUUGCGGAACGGGGGCCGGGAGGAAGGGCAGCGGCGCGAGACGGCGGCUCUGGAGGGGCUGGGUGRCCUGCCUGGCGGCGGACCUCCUCUCGCUCCGGCUGCUGGAAGGGGCCGAUCCUUCGCCGGCCGCGGCCCGGAAAAGCACUCGCGCGUUUGCUCGCGGAACGGGAAAGGAGCCCGCCGCCCUUCCUCUCCGCUACGAAAACCCCCACACGGCGGCCGAGCUGAAGCGGCGCAGGCUCCGGCUCCUGCUGUACCUGCUGCGGUGGCCGGUGUGGGAAAGGGCGACCCUCCCGGCCCUGGAGGGGGCCUCGGGGGCGGUCCUCCGGAGGAUCCCCCUCCUGGGGGGCCUGGCCGAGACCGUCCUGUGGGACUGGAUCCUGUACUACCAGCACCCGUACGUCGCGGAAGAGGGGUGACCGUCCGUUCGCAUUCGGCRACCACCGAGCCGGAUCGGAUCCCGGUGGCACGGCUGCGGUCCCCCGCCGUGCAGCACGGCACGAGUCGGGCGGUGUCGGGUUUUUUUCCGGAGUUUUUGAGAAAAAAUGAUACAAUUCCGG